UUUGGGAGCGGAUCGCCAGCAGGUCCACGACUCCGUCGCUCGACACUUCGCAGAGGUGGACAUGUCCGGCGCCUGUGUUCGGGAGGUGUGCUGGCGCGCGCUGCUGGUCGUUCUGCUGCUGGGCCUGCUGCUGGCGGCGCCGUCCAGCGCCUUCCCAGCCAGCUACUCGGCCCGCAGCCUGGCAGGCUUCCGCGUCAAUCCUCGAGGCACUAUUCGUGUGCAGCCGAAGGCAGACAGGUUCUAUCCCGGCCCCAGGUUCGGCAAGAGGUCAGAAGUAGCCGACUACGAAGGGGCUCCCGAGUCUGCGGAUGGAGAAGGGUCAGCCGAAGCCGCCGCCGCCCGCCAGUUCUCUCUGCGCUGCAGCCUGGUCGAGCCAGAGGGGAUGUACAGAUGUCUGCUAGGGCUGAAGCAGGAGAGCAAGUCAAGUGAGUGAGAGAGGACAUGGGGCAUCUACCUGUCGUCCGGGGACGAAAGCCUUACUGCAGGGAGCGCCAGGUUCGCCCGGAGGUCGGGGAACAUCUCCUCGAGGAGGGUGCUGAGCUCACACGUCCAGCGGCAAGCUUCAGCGACUCUGGCUAAUAAAAUGUCCAGGAUAGAACGGCAACGGACGUCCACGAACGCCAACCGCUCCAUAUCGAUGACGUCCACCUUUGAAAACAGGGUUGACGAUGUGCGCUGCGUUAACGCAUUCCUGCUUUCACUAUUCUGCUAUCGCUGAACAUUUUUGGAACAGAUCAGUCAUUGUGGAGACUUUGUUAAAUGCUAUUUUUGACAUUUUGAUUGAAUGGGUUGCACGGGUUGGCUUUGGAAUCAGCGUCCCUGAUAAGCGCAGCUUGUUGGCACGACCCCGGGCCUGUUUGCAGCAGUGCGCCUGCUGAUGUUACCUGUUAGUCAACACUCCGCGUGUUCUGGUCCCAUGGUGUUCCGUACUGGUGCUGAAACACGGUGCAGCUCUGGUGAUAAAGGAGCGACCAGUCGGCGUCUAAUAAACCUCCCGGCAUCGAGCCCGGUGUCGUCGAUAAACGUGACACAUGUUUAUCUGCGUCUAUCUCUCUGCAGCACUGGUGGAACUGCUGGCCGUGAA